UUCUUAGUCUGGGAGAUGUGGGGGGUAGUUCCCAUGAAGUGAGGGCCAUCUCGACUGUUAUAUCUCUGGGUCCCUCAGCCUCAUCUUGUCUCCAGGAUGCUGUGUGUCUUGCUCCCCAAGGAUAGAGUCUGGAUAGAGGUUCUGGCUGUGACCCUGCUGGUGCUGACUUCCCAGGUGGCUGCAGGCAGACGUGCCCCAGAGCACUUCACGGAGCAGGGGAAGUCCGAGUGUCACUUUGUGAACGGGACGGAGCGCCUGCGGUUUGUGGAUAGAUACAUCUACAACCGGGAGGAAUAUGUGCGCUUCGACAGCGACGUGGGGGAGUUUGUGGCGGUGACGGAGCUGGGGCGGCGCAGUGCUGAGUAUUAUAACAGCCUGAAGGAUUACCUGGAGGGUAGACGUGGCCAGGUGGACACUUACUGCAGGCACAACUACGAGGUCAUCGAGCCCUUCUCAGUGCGCAGGCGCGUUGAGCCCGAGGUGACUGUGUAUCCAUCAAAGACGGCUCCCCUGGGACACCACAACCUGCUUGUCUGCUCUGUCACUGGUUUCUAUCCUGGGGACAUUGAGGUCCGGUGGUUCCUGAACGGGCAGGAGGAGACAGCUGGGGUUGUGUCCACAGGCCUGAUCAGCAAUGGAGAGUGGACCUACCAGAUCCUGGUGAUGCUGGAAAUGACCCCCAAGCGUGGAGACGUCUACACCUGCCAAGUGGAGCACUCCAGCCUUCAGAGACCUGUCAUCUUAGACUGGAGAGCACAGUCUGAAUCUGCCCAGAGUAAGAUGCUGAGUGGAGUCGGGGGCCUCGUGCUGGGGCUGAUCUUCUUUGGGGUUGGCCUCAUUGUCCACAGGAGGAGUCAGAAAGGAAAUCAGGGUUCACAGCCAACAGGGCUCCUGAGCUGAUCUCUGAGGCUGUGUCCCCUGGAACUGUUGUGUUCCCAAUGCCUCCCUCUCACAUUUGGAGGCCCCUGCUUGUGCCCAGAUCUCCAGGAGGUUAACUCUGCUGACCCCUUCCCUGGAAUAGCUCCUUCCCUGUACCUUCAAUUCUGUCUGGACUCUUUGGCGUUUCCCCAACAGAGCUUCAGAGACACCCUCCACCCUCCUUUGUUUCUGUACCUUUUUAAAUCCAUUUUUGUCCCUUGAGCCUUCGCCCUAAUAAAUGAGAGGACUCAGAAUCAACUGGUGUUUGGUGACACGAAGACAAAGUGAGGGGAGCAGAGGAGGUAACUUCAUCACUUAGGAUCUGUAGAAUCUGUCAAAGUGUGAAAUGCCUCCAGAGGUGCAGAUUGCGAUCCAUCUACACCUUUUCAUCCUGGGUGCCUCUUGUCCAUUUUCUUCCAGGAUUCCUACAGAAGUUGAUUAACCAGCCUGCUGGUGGCCUUCCUCUACAUAUCUUUAUGUUACAUAGAUACCAGUGGCCUUCACAAGCUGUCUGCCCAGAAAUCCUUAGCUUUCCUCUGUGAAGGGCCCCCCUCAUUCUGGUGAUACCUCUCUCUGAUGACUUUCCUUCUACCACUUCUGCUCAGUUCUUCUUCGAUGAUAUGCUGUAGCCUGUGCUUGCCUAUCAUGUGCCUCUCCAUUGCACUUUUAAAAAAUUAAAGUUGUAGUGAUACAUUU